AUGUACAGUUUCAGACCGCCUCCGAAGCGGACUCCGCUCGGCCGGCAACCAGACACUGGGCUUGCCAGAGACGAGGCGACCGGAGGCAGUCGAAGCGUCAUUAACCGGCAAUUGGGUCCGCAGCAGAAGACGAGACACGUACCCUCCGGCACUCGAGACGAAAGCAAAUCUCGGCCCGGCUUCAUUCAAUCCCCCUUCACGACGCCUCGGACAUGCGGUCGUCGCGGCAGGCGUCCGAUUGUCGCGCAACUGGCCAGCUUAGAUCGCACCGGAUCUCGAUGCCGGACAAAGCGGGACAUGCUCUCCACCAACGGACACAAGAGUUGCCCAGCAACUCAUGCGAAACGCCUCUGA